AUGAAUUCCCCUAUCUCCCCCACAGCAGAUUUUCAAAAUCUCAAUCUGGAGCAGGAAGAGGAGGAAGAUAUGGAGGGUGUGUUCCAUCAUACUCGGAGCAGUCUGUCGUUUGUUCGUGAGGAGGACAACUUGAGAGGAGAUGGUUAUCGUUUCACGUACAAGUUCCCGGCGAUGAAAGACCGAAUGGAUGCUCGGAUGGAAGCCGUGGUUGAGCAUAAGAAGGAACUGUACCUGACACAGCAACCCAACGACGAAGACCUGUCCCUGUACUCGUACGAAUUCAGUGGUCGGACCACCAUCAAGGCGUAUGAUGAUCGACGUCUCACCUGUAGCUGCACCGACCCCGAGCGAGCCCCUGGUGGGCCGCAGGAAGGGGAUAUCGCCUGCCAGCACAUCUUUUGGUUCGUCGAUCAACUUGCAAUUGCGUGGUGCCGCAAGAAAGGCAUUAAGGCGCCAACAAUCGAAAUCAAUCCUCGUUGCACCCGGAUCAAAAUCACCCGUGGAGCUCGCGCGCGGACCGUUGAGAUCUCCCCCUACGAGAUGAUUCGCGACGAAAUCGGAAUCGAAGACCUCCCGAAGUCCAUCCAAGAAUGCACCGGCUUCACCAUGCGUCGCGCGCAGGCCAACGACCGGCUCUCCGUCUUCGACCUCUUCGGCACCCUGGGCGACAAAUACCUACGAUCCAUGGAAAGCCAGACGCGGCUCACGACUUCCCGCUUCUUCGACAGAAUGAUCGAGCAGGCGGCGCGCGACCCGCCCUUCUUCCACGACCUCCUCGAGAUGUUCCCCGUGGCCGAUUGUGCCGCGGUGGCGUUCGAGUUAGCGCACGCCCGCGUCGCGCAGGCCUUCGACGCGCUGGAGCGGUACAUCACGUACGGUCCGCGCGGGCCGAUCCCGGUGCACAGCGUGCGCACGUGCGCGGAGGACCUCGAUCAGAUCGUCGAGUUCAUCGGGCGGUGGCUGGAGAAGCUCGCGGACGCCCACCAGGACAUGUUCAUGGACGAUGAGUCGGACUCGGACGACAGCGAGCGGAUCCAGCACAGUGAGCCGACGGCGGCGGCGUAUCGCGGGAUCGGGACGCUGCUCGAGAUCCUGGACAAGGUCAUGGCGUGGGCGCGGCCGGCGUAUGAGCGAUUGGGGUGGUAUCGAGCCGGGGCGGCGAUCGAUGCGCCGACAGUGAGCAACUUGUACGAGACGUUGGUUCGGCAUGGCGGGCGGGAUGAGGAGGAGUUGUUCGUGCUGCAGGCGCUGGAUAUCGUCCCGGACGAACUGCUGGCGCCGUUUCAUCGCCAGCUUAGAGCGCUGCAGGAGCGGGCGUCGCGGCUGCUGGCCCCGGAACCAUUCGUGCAGAAGCUAGGGGUCAUGGCUCGGAGAGCGGAGGAGCAGUAA